AUGGCCUCUCCAAUUAGCUGCCUAUCAAUCUUGGUAAUCCCUCUACUAGUCACCUCUCUUUUCUACCAAGUUUCAAAUGCAGCAAACCAAGGGUGGUUUGACGAAGCCUUCCUGGAAAAGAUUUGCAAGAAGUCCACGGACUAUGAUCUUUGCUCAUCAACUUUACGUUCAGACCCACGUACUUAUACAGUUAAUCCACAUGGUCUUGCACUCGUUUCUAUUUCUAUAAACACUAAUCUAGUACAAACUACCCUUGAUCAAAUCCCAGGUAUUCUUAAUACACUCACAGACCCACUGGAUGAGACUCGACUUCAAAAUUGCCAAACCGAUUUUAAUGAAGCACUAGUGAAAUUUAAUGCUGCAUACGCAGCUGCGUCUUCAACGUCUUAUACAGAAGCGACAAAUUUACUUACAGAAGCAGCUCUGAAAUCUGUAGAAUGUGAAAAUGAAUAUAGUUCGAGCUCCAGUGAAUCACCAAUAUCCGAUACCACUAACAAAGUGGGGAAGCUAGUCUUUAUUACUUAUGUUAUAGUUGGUGAGAUCACGUCAACGUAA